AUGACGUCAGGAGAUGCAUACCUUUCAUUGUCAUUCGGAGAGUGCACGGUUACGCUACAGGAUAUGACGUACCAGUUAGGCCUCCCGAUCGACGAAGAGUACGUCAGUGGAUGUCUGACAGACUUUGAGUGGUACAUUGAAGCCAUUCGACCUACAUGGACUUGGUUCGAGGAGCUAUUGGGUAUCAUACCUCCUGCGGACUGCAUCGACAAGUUCACUAUGAAAUGCACUUGGAUGCAGUAUACACUCAGUGAGCUUCCUCAGGGUGUAGGCGAAGAUAUAGUUAGGAGGUAUGGGAGAGCGUACAUCAUGAUGCUAUUGUCGACUCAAUUCUUUGGUGACAAGUCUGGUACAUGUCUUCACAUUCGGUGGCUACCGUACGUAGCUAGGCUAGAGGACAUGAUCGAUAUAGUUGGGGAUCUGCUGCUUUCUCAUUGUUAUAUCGGUGCAUGUGCCAUGUGGCCAACAGGAACGUAG